AUGGCAGUGGAUUUAACUAACUGGCAAUUUCGUCAAAUAUCAAACCACAUAAAAUCACCAUUAAUUUCCAACCAAUGGUACGACACCAAGAAUUUCUCAUCACACCAAAUACAUGUUGAUCUUUUAUAUGCAAAUAUCAUCCCUGAUCCAUUUAUUGAUGAUAAUGAAAUUCAUGUGCAAUGGAUUGGUGAAUUGGAUUGGCAAUAUCGAUGUAUAUUUGAUGUUCCAGGAACCUCGAUUGGUAAUGCUAGUUUGAUAUUUGAAGGUAUUGAUACAUUUGCUGAUAUACAACUAAACAACAAAACCAUUUUAACCACUGAGAAUUAUUUCCAAAAACAUAUUAUCCCCAUAACAGUAAACAGUCAUAAUGAAUUGAUAAUUACAUUUAAUAGUAGUUUAAAAGUUGGUCAAGAGUUAGAACAAGAAUAUGGGAAAUUACAAGUUUGGAAUGGUGAUAGUUCACGAGUUUAUGUUAGGAAACCACAAUUUCAAUAUGGAUGGGAUUGGGGUCCUACUUUAAACACUUGUGGGUUUGAAUCUAUUAAAUUGAUUACUGAAAAAGAUCAUGUUAAUGAUUUUUUUAUACGAUACAAUUUAAAUCAAGAAAUGAACAUUGCUGAAUUAUCAAUUGAAAUUGAUUUUUUGUUUGACGACUAUCCAGAAAGUUUAGAAAUUAAGAUAAAAGAUGAUGCAGAUGUUGUUAUUGAUAGUAUUGUACCAACAAGUUCUAUCACCAAUUAUAAUAUUAGCAAUGUCAAAUUAUGGUAUCCCAGAAACCAAGGAGAACAACCCCUUUACACAUUUUCUUUAUUUGUCAAUGGGAUGUGCAAGACUACACUUAAAGUUGGGUUUAGAAAAAUAGAAUUAGUUCAAUUGAAUGACAAAUAUGGUAAAUCAUUUUAUUUCAAAAUCAACAAUAUACCAACACAAAUUUUUGGAACAAAUUGGAUCCCUGCUCAUUCCUUCCAGUCCCAAUUAACCGACUUGGAGUAUCAACAAUGGAUCAAUUUGAUAGUUAAUGGUGGAUAUAAUUUGAUUCGAAUUUGGGGUGGUGGUCAAUAUGAAAAAGAUAUUUUAUAUUCAUUAUGUGACGAAGUUGGUAUUUUGAUUUGGCAAGAUUUUAUGUUUGCCUGCGGGAUUUAUCCUCAAACUAUAAUAGAAUCAGUUACACAAGAAGUUGAAGAUCAAUUAAUUAGAUUGAGACAACAUUGUUCAAUAGUAAUCUAUGCUGGUAACAAUGAAGAUUAUCAGAUUGCCGAACUGAUAAACCUUGAUACCAAUAAUUUUACUCAAUUCCCAGCAAAACAUAUCUAUGAACAUAUAAUACCUGCUAAAAUCAACAAAUUGUGUAAUUUAACUCCAUAUCAUUACGGGUCUCCGUAUUCAGACCAUUCACACAAAUCUUCUAAUCCAACAAUAGGAGAUUUACAUCAAUGGAAUGUUUGGCAUGGUACUCAUGAACCAUAUCAGAACUGGCCUCAAUUAUCAGGUAGAUUUGUAUCAGAAUUUGGAAUGCUAUCGUACCCGUCUUUGAAUACAUUGGCGAAAUAUAUCAAUGAAUCACAAUUAUCAAUUAAUUCAACUUUACUAAAUUUCCAUACUAAAGCUGCUGGUAAAGAACAAUUAAAUAACUAUUUAUGGAAUAAUUUCCCUAAACCAAAAUCACUUGAAAUUUCACAUUACAUUUAUUUGACACAAUUACUUCAAUCCGAGGCAAUGUCGUUAGCUUAUCGCUAUUGGAGACAGAAUUGGAAAGACUACAAAACUGGUGGGAUAAUUAUGUGGCAGUUAAAUGAUUGUUGGCCAAGUAUAUCAUGGUCUUCCAUUGAUUUUUUAAAAGUUCCUAAAUUGGCAUAUUAUGGUGUAAAGAGAGAGAUUCUGCAAAUUGGGAUAGCUUGUAGGAGAUUUCAAAUUAAACAGCAAACCUACAAACAGCAAAAUGUAUUUGAAGUUAAGCAGUGUUUAGAUAUAUGGGGAGUUGGCGAAUUUUCUAAAAUUGAUGUUGAAAUUGAGUUUUAUAAUGAACAUGGUGAAUUGUAUUUUUCCAAAUCAAUAAACAGUUGUGUUUUCCUCAAAAACAAGGUGAAUAUGGUUGCGGAGAAGUUAUGUUUUGAUAACUUAAACGAUAAUAGUAUUAUUUAUUUAAAAUUAAUACAAAAUGGCAGAACCAUAGCUCAAUCAAGUGAUUGGCCACAACCAUUGAAGAAAUUGUCAUGGAAUCAAAUGGCGACAAAUAUUACAUUAGAAUAUCUAGGAGAAGGAAAUUUCCAAGUAUCAACAACCAAACCUGUUAAAGGACUUGAAUUUUAUUUUGAUUCUAUUGAUAAUUAUCUAUUUGAUGAUAAUGGAAUUGAUUUAUUCCCUAACGAUCCUCAAAUAAUACAUGUUAAUGGCUUUGACAACCUCGAUGUUAGUAAAAUACGAUAUAGACAUUUAGUGAGUAUUUAG